UCCUCAUUUUUUUGUUGUUGUUGUUUUGACAUGAAAGUUAUUUUGAUUUUUUCAUUUUUCAAUUUGUCUAUUUAUCGAUUAUAAAAUGUCUGAUUAUGGCAACUAUAGUAGUGAUGAUGGUUCAUGUGAUGAAAUCGGAUUACCGAAAACACCGGGUGCACCAUUGAAUGCUAAUCGUUCGGAUUCGGAAAAAGAUGAUGAUUCGAAUGAUAAUGAAAUUUCAGCAAGUAAUUCUGGCCAAAGUGAUAAUGAUGAUGAUGAUGAUGAAGUGAAUCGAAGUGAUGGACCAAAUGAAAACGAAUCGAAUGCAGAAAAUGAUUCGAGCGAUAAAAAAUCAAUAAGUUCUCCUGAUGAAUCUGAAGCCGAACAAAAAAGUAGCGAAAGUGAUUCGGAUAAUAAUAAUGUCAACAGCGAUGAUGAAAUUAAUGCGAAAUCAAAUCAAAACAGUUCACCCAUCGACAAUAAACGCAACGAAGUUUCCGACGACGGUGAUGAUGAUGAUGGACAUUCGAAUAGAAAUCGAAAACGUCGUAACUCAAGUUCAGAUGAAUCAGAACAAGAUGAUGAAACAAAUAAUGUUAGGAAAAAAAGAAAAACUGUUAUCCAUUCUUCGUCCGAUGAUAAUGAUGAUGAUGAUAAUGGUAAUAAUAGUGGUGGUGGCGAUAACGAUAUAAAAAUGAGUAAAUCAAAAACUGAAGAAGAUUUAUUCGGUGAAUUGAGCGAUGAAGAUGACGAUGAUCAACAACCAAAUCGUACAAUUCAAAUGGACAAAAAACCAAUGGCCAAUAUAGACGAUGAUGAUGAUGAGGAUGAUGAUGAUCGUGUGAAUCGCGAAGUCGAUACAAACAUGAAUGAAAUAUUUGGUGGUGUUGGCGAUGAUGAUGAAAGAGCAAACAAUGAAAACAUUGAUGAAGAACAAGAUUUACCAAUACCGGAAACACGAAUCGAAGUGGAAAUUCCUCGAAUCACUGCCAAUCUUGGCGAUAGUAUACAUUUCGUAAAGUUACCCAAUUUUUUGAGUAUCGAUACACAUCCAUAUGAUCCUCAAUGGUAUGAAGAUGAAAUCGAUGAAGAUGAAGUUCAUGAUGAUGAAGGUAGAGCAAGACUUAAGUUAAAAGUUGAAAAUACUGUUCGUUGGCGUAAUGUUACCGAUGAGGAUGGCGAAACGCAUAGCAGAGAAAGUAAUGCACGUGUUGUUGAAUGGUCGGAUGGUAGUAGAUCAUUACAUUUAGGUGAUGAAAUAUUCGAUAUUCAAACAUUGAAUUUAUUGCCCGGCGAAAAUAAUCAUCUAUACAUUCGACAAGGCACUGGAUUACAAGGACAAUCAGUAUUUAAAACAAAACUAACGUUUCGACCAUUUUCCACCGAAAGUGUUACACAUCGUAAACUUACAAUGUCAUUGGCUGAUCGUAGCCAAAAAACGCAAAAAAUUUGUGUUCUUCCAAAUGUUGGCAAAGAUCCGGAAGCACAUCGAUCCGAAAUGAUCAAAAAAGAAGAAGUCAAAUUGAAAGCUUCAAUUCGAAAAGAAAACAAAACAAAACGAGUAAAAGAUCGAAGUUUCACACGUGGUUUAUCCAAUGCAUAUCUUGAUCAUGAUGAUGAAGAUGAUGAAAGUAUUUCUAUUGCCAAAAUUAAAAAUCAAUAUAAACAUGGACCGGGUAAUCCUAAUUUAUCUCAAUAUAGCGAUGAUGAUGAUGAAAGUGAUAAUGAUGAUGAUAGUGAACCGGAUAUAUUUGAAAAGAAAAAAACUGCUGAUAAACGUAAAAUUGUUGUCGAAAGUGAUGAUGAUGAUCAAUCUGAUUAAACAUUCUUUUAUUGUAACAUUGUUUACAAAUCGAAUUUGUUCAAAAAAAAAAAAAUAACA